AAAAGUCUCAUCCUAGCCAGGUUCAUCCGGAGGCUGCGGCGGGCGCUGAGGAUGCGGGUCUGAAGCGGCCCCAGCAUCUCUCGGACCCCCGGACACCUGGGACCCGGCCAGUCUCUUAAGAAAUCAGUAUGCCUAUUUGGGUAAGCAUCACCAGCCCUGGAACUCAGAAAAUUCAAGCUUCCACCUGCUGACUCCACAGAGUCAGCUCAGCUUCCUCAGCUGCCAAGUUCAAGGGAUUAUCUAAACAACAAGAAAUGGCUUGCUGGAGGUUUAAGGUGAAGUACGCUGUUGUUUCAGUCCUGGCGGUUUCUGGUUUAUGUUUCUUCAUGUCCAAGCUGACUUUGAUGGAAAUCUUAGGUUUUCCAAAGAAUUAUGCCGCUCCCCCACUUUUCAAGAGAGACAUCAGCAGCUUUAUUCAGUUGCCGGAGAUAGACUGCCGAGAGAGUCCCCCCUUUUUGGUGGUCCUGGUCACCUCGACUCACAACCAGAUGAAAGCUCGGAAUGCGAUCCGAGACACCUGGGGAAGAGAACGGAUGGUGAGAGGGAAGCGGAUAAGAACGUUCUUUCUCUUAGGCAUCACUGCCAACCCCAAGGAUGAGAGUCUGAUCCUCCAGGAAGGUGAGAUCUACAGAGAUAUUAUCCAAAAGGACUUCAUAGAUGUGUACUACAAUCUGACCCUCAAAACCAUGAUGGGAAUCGAAUGGGUUCACAGCUUCUGUCCUCAGUCUGACUUUGUAAUGAAAACGGACUCUGACAUGUUUGUGAAUGUUUAUUAUCUGAUUGAGCUCCUCCUAAAGAAAAAUAAAUCCACUCGCUUUUUCACCGGCUUCUUAAAAAUGAACGAAUUUCCGAUUCGAAAAAUAUUCAAUAAGUGGUACGUGAGUACAUCUGAAUACCCAGGAACCAAGUACCCACCUUUUUGUUCUGGGACAGGGUAUGUGUUUUCCAGCGAUGUCGCUAGCCAGGUGUAUAAUGUUUCAGAGAGAGUUCCCUUCCUUAAACUGGAGGAUGUCUUUGUAGGACUUUGCCUUGCGGAGCUAAAAAUCGAGCUGGAGGAACUUCACUGGGAGCAAACCUUCUUCCCAGACAAGCUCAGCUUCUCUCCCUGCCGCUUUAAGAAAAUCGUGACGUCCCACUUCAUGAAACCCCAUGAGUUGCUGAUGUUCUGGAAGGCUUUGGAGGAAGUCCUCAAUCAAGAGUGCCACUGACCUCCUGGCCGCGCGGCCCCUUAGCCAAGACCAUCUGGGCCAGUGAGAAAAUUCCAAAUGGCCCACUGAGGCCUCUCAGAAGGCCAGACUCAGGCCUGGGACUUUAGAGACCUGAGUUGCAAUCCUGAUGCCCCCACUCAAGGAAUCGGUUUCCAUUUCACAUGCCCCUGGGACUUACUUUGUGACAUGAGGGUGAUUUCAGGACUGGCUCGCCCAAAUCGGAGGGUACUGGCCUCCAGAGAUAUCCGCUUGAAGCCCUUGCUUCUAAAGGGUGGGUAUCUUGCAAGAUCAGGACCACCCGUUCCUAGGUCCCUACCUGAAUUUCCCCAGUGGCCCCUCACCCCGAAUCCCUUCCCACAUCUCGUUUCAUUGAGACCUGGAUGAAUAGUGAUAUUCAAUGUUCGGGGUUCUUCACCUCAGGGCCCAGAGCGAGGGAUGAUCUCAAAGGGGUGUCACUGUUGGUGGCAUCUCACCUCAGGCAGAGGAAACAUCCACCUCCAAAUUCAAGUUAAUCUUUCUGGGCAAACCUCCCGUAGGGCUCUCAGGGGGACAUACCCUUGGGAUUAGGUACUGAGGAGAUUCGCCCAAGACUGAGUCCCCAAGGAGGCAUGUAUAAACUCACACCUGGCCCAGGCAUCGAAGUGGGUCAAGCAGGGCAUUCUGGGACCUUUCAGGCUCCGGGUAAAAUGCCUGCUCGCAUGGAGGAGCUAAACGCAGCUGCACUCAGCUCUGGCACUCUUCCUGACAGUUAUGGAAGCAGCAGGGCCUAGUGGCAAGAGCACGGGCUUGGGAGUCAGAGGACGUGGGUUCUAA